CGCAUUUUUCCUUUCUAAAUGUUUCAAAUAAAAGAUACUAUAAAACGAUUUUUCAUUUAACAGAGUACUUUUUUUUCAGUUAUUGUAAAGUCCGAAGUCCAAAGCCCAGUAUAAAACCCUGCUCUCUUGCUCUUCGCUCUUCUUUCCCGCCACUUUCUCUCUUCUUUUUCUUUCCUUAUUUCUUCCUUUUCACUCAAAUAACUGAGAAUAAGCAAAAAUUUCUUGAAAGAUGUUGUGGGUUGAUAAAUACAGACCCAAAACUCUAGACCAAGCUAUGGUUCAUCGAGAAAUUGCCCAGAAUCUCAAAAAACUGGUUACAGAGCAGGAUUGCCCUCAUUUACUCUUCUACGGGCCAUCUGGGUCUGGCAAGAAAACCCUAAUUAUGGCUCUUCUUAGACAGAUCUUUGGUCCCGGUGCUGAAAAGGUGAAAGUGGAGAAUAGGAAUUGGAAAAUUGAUGCGGGAAGUAGAACCAUUAAUCUAGAGUUGACCAUGUUAUCAAGCACCAACCAUGUGGAGUUGAGUCCAAGUGAUGUAGGCUUUCAGGAUAGAUAUAUAGUUCAAGAGAUAAUUAAGGAAAUGGCUAAAAAUAGACCUAUUGACACCAAAGGGAAAAAGGAUAUAAAGUUAGUGCUAGUACUCAAUGAAGUUGACAAGCUUUCAAGAGAAGCCCAGCAUUCUCUCCGUAGAACGAUGGAGAAAUACAGUGCUUCUUGCCGUCUAAUUUUGUGCUGUAAUAGUUCUUCAAAAGUCACUGAAGCAAUUCGGUCCCGUUGUCUGAAUAUCCGAAUAAAUGCACCUUCAGAAGAACAGAUCAUUAAGGUGUUGGAGUUCAUUGGAAAGAAAGAAGGGCUGCAACUUCCAUCUGGUUUUGCAGCCCGCAUUGCCGAAAAGUCAAACCGGAGUUUAAGAAGAGCUAUAUUGUCAUUUGAGACUUGCCGUGUUCAACAGUACCCUUUCACAAGCAACCAAGCAAUCCCGCCAAUGGAUUGGGAGGAAUAUAUAUCUGAAAUAGCAACUGACAUAAUGAAGGAGCAGAGCCCUAAAAGGCUGUUUCAGGUUCGAGGGAAGGUGUAUGAAUUGCUUAUUAAUUGUAUCCCUCCAGAGAUUAUCUUGAAGAGGCUCCUUCAUGAAUUAUUGAAGAAAUUGGAUGCAGAACUAAAGCAUGAGGUGUGCCACUGGGCUGCAUAUUAUGAGCAUAGGAUGUGUCUUGGACAGAAAGCCAUCUUUCAUAUUGAAGCAUUUGUUGCCAAGUUCAUGAGCAUUUACAAGGCUUUUCUGAUUGCAACAUUUGGCUGAAGAACCCAACCAGCAGCAUCCUCACCUUUCCAUCUUUUGACAGAUAAUUGCAAUGAGACUGUUAGCAUUGUUGUAAUGAGUACCGAGCAAGACCCUGCAUUUUUAGUUUUAGCAUAUAAUUGCAUAUGGUCUUUAGCAUGCCUUGUUUUCAGUUCAUUUUUUCCUCGUGGACGUAAUUUGACAGAUGAUAGAAACUGAUUCCGGCUGACGAUAAUAAUUUUGAGCAAGGACUAACUUGCAAAAUCGGGAAUUUCAAAUAAGAGUAAUAUACAAUUAUCUAAUUACUCUAUUAAUUUCUUUUAUCCACAUGUCUAGACAUUUAUGUAAAUGAUUUUUUUAAACAGACACCUAUUUGGUAUAAGGUUUUCAUGAUAACAAUCCUGUAAUCUCACGUAGCACAUCUAUCUGUUUAUUUUUGUAUUGUUGUAUUAGUUUUUAAUCAUUUUAAUUUUAAAACAAAUUAGUCUAU